UAAUCUCGAACUGUUACGAUCUUUUUUAUCUAAUGAGUUUUGAGUGGGAAAUUUGUAUUGCUGGAAGACAAAUCUCCAUGCAUGUACUGUACAAGAGAGGCAAAUAUAGCAAGCUCUGGGGAAAGAGUGGGAAGAGGGAGGGAGAGAGAGAACGCAGCGCACACACGGUAGCGCGAGACACAUCAUUACAAAAGGCGCAUGCACAAGAAACAGACACAUUGCAAUUAUACACCUGUAUUACUAUCUUGGUUUAUGAUAACCCGCGCGAGGGAAUAUAUCUUAUGAUCUCUGCGUAUACCGCUCAAGUCACUGUUCAAUCGUGAUACUCUCUUCUUCCUCGGCAGGCAUAUGUAUUUCGUAUCGCCGUUUCUUCCAGUAAGCACCAAUGCAUGCAUGCACCCGCCUCCCUGCGCUCUCAAAUAGAUGGUGCAAGUAAAGAUGUCCAAAUCUUCCGCAGACCCUUUGUCUGGUGUAGAAAGCGCUUCUCAGUCGCACUAUUUCCAGCUACCACGAAAGUUGCCGAAGCGCAAGGGUCGUUUUAAACGCUCAGAUGGCAGCACCUCGUCUGACACCACCUCCAGCUUCAUCAAACGACAGGGUUCAGCCGAUUCGUACACGAGCAGACCUUCGGAUUCCGACCUGUCAGCGGAGGAGGACCGCGAGGCGUAUCGGCGUGAAGCCGAACGCCAGGCCCAGCUGCAGCUCGAGAGAGCCAAGUCCAAACCUGUAGCGUUCGCAGUGAAGACGAAUGUGAAUUAUUGCGGGGCUCUAGAUGAGGACUGUCCUGUUCAGGGUGCUGCCAUAAACUUUGAAGCCAAAGACUUUCUGCACAUUAAAGAGAAGUACAAUAAUGACUGGUGGAUUGGAAGGCUGGUGAAAGAGGGGGCAGACAUCAGCUUCAUUCCCAGCCCCCUCCGACUGGAGGCCAUGAGACUCAAACAGGAGCAAAAACAACAGAGGAAAAGUGGUAACUCUUCCUCAAGCCUGGGCGAUAUGGUAUCAGGAGGUUGGAGAUCCACGCCGCCAUCUGCAGGUGAGACCAAACAGAAGCUUAAGCAGACUGAACACAUUCCUCCAUAUGAUGUGGUGCCGUCCAUGAGGCCUGUGGUUCUGGUUGGGCCUUCACUGAAGGGCUAUGAGGUGACAGAUAUGAUGCAGAAAGCUCUGUUUGACUUUCUCAAACAUCGCUUUGAUGGACGGAUUUCUAUAACCCGAGUGACCGCUGACCUUUCUUUGGCCAAGAGAUCAGUUCUCAACAAAAGACCUAUCAUGGAGAGGUCUAACACACGGACCAGUUUGGCGGAGGUACAGAGUGAGAUCGAGAGAAUAUUUGAGUUGGCCAAAACCCUUCAACUGGUGGUUCUGGAUGCGGACACCAUUAACCAUCCAGCACAGCUAGCUAAAACCUCGCUAGCUCCCAUCAUAGUGUAUGUCAAGGUCACCUCUCCAAAGGUCCUGCAGCGGUUGAUAAAGUCGAGGGGUAAAUCACAGAGCAAACACCUCAAUGUUCAGAUGAUGGCAGCAGAUAAACUGGCUCAGUGUCCUCCUGAGAUGUUUGAUGUCAUUUUGGACGAGAACCAGUUGGAGGACGCCUGUGAGCACCUCGCUGAAUAUCUGGAGGUCUACUGGCGUGCCACUCAUCUGCCAGGCACCACCCCUAUUAACCCCCUAUUGGAGCAAAAUCUGAUGACCCCACCCUCGGCAAUCUCCAGUCUUCAGAACCAGCAGUUGUCGCCCGCCGGGGGUGGAGGGGGAGUGGAGGAGGAGGAGCAGGGGGAGCAGGACAGCCUCAUGCCCUCCGACGAGGCCAGUGACUCUCGCUCCCUCCGCCGAGGCGGCUCUAGCUCCCUGCACCCCCCGGAGGACGAGGAAGAAGAGGAGGAGGAGGAGGAGGAAGAAGAGGAAGAUGAUUACGAUCCCCACCACCACUCUCACCCGUACCGGGACGUGUACCCGCCCAACCGUAACAACCCCGGUGGCAUCCACAACGCUAAUGGACAUGAGUCACAGGACCGACUCCUGCAGCAGCGAGACUCGCAGGACGGACACAACCAACGAAACAACCGCCAGCGCGUGAGAGCCUGGCCGAGAGACAACUACUGACCGUCAGCCUGCAGGAGUCUGGAAGAGAGGGUUGGGUCGUGAAUCGGGGUGAUGGGAAUUGGUGAGGAACUGGAAACGCACAAUGUGUGUGUAUGUGUGUUGCUGGAUAAAGCUGCCUAUGGUUGACGAAAAUUUCCUGUUUUCUAAGCUUAUGUGGUUGUUAUUGUUUGAGGCAUUGCACUACAUUUGCUUUUUAAAGACAGGGCAGUUUUCUCCUUUAAGAUCAAAUGCAUGUUCAUAUCAAAACAAUAUUUGAGCUUCCUCUAGAAACCCUUACCCCACCCGAGUCAAAUAUUACUUUAUUAUUUUGCGUAUUAUACACUCUCCCUUAACCUAAUGAGCACAGAAGGCAUUAUGGGAAAAUGAAAAGCACUUUUAUAGCAUGGGAUGUGAGUCACAAUGAAAGAUGUUGUAGCAUUUUGUUGCAUCUUUAAUGGCUUCUUUUUUUUCUAGCGCUCUUGUAAAUGUGCAUAUUACUCACUAUUGUUUGGUUCAUGCCCUCUAGUCUUACCAUUAUCAGUUGUUUAUUGGUACACCUCUGAACAUUAUUCAGGCAACGGACAUGAACAGUCAUUUCAUGGUCACAUUCAUAGAUGUAGCACACAUUGGCGCUUGCACAAGCACCAUGUAAAUGCGGUAUAUGUAGGAAAGGAAAUCAGGGUUACGCUUUGCUGUCGUAGAGUACAAAAAUUAUUGGGACUAUAGUCUGGGUUUGCACAUGAGGUGAAUUUCAACUCCAAAAUGAAGAGAAGCAGUCGAUCUUCCUGCAUUUCCGUACUGCCGCAUAAAGAAAGAACCUAAUUAGGUCAGUGUCAUUGGUUUCUUUUUCUGGGAAAUGAGAAGGACUGAAAACUGGAGUUAUUUUAUCACCCAACAGUGCCCAUAUACUAGCUUUUUUAUAGAAGUAGAUGAUGGUGUCCGUUUUGGGAUAGUUAUGUUGUUCCUCUGUGACUUGACAGCUGAAAAUUGGUCUAGGUUCAUACUUUUUACCAUUUUACACAUUUGCAAGUCAUCUAUUGGUUGAACUUAUCAGAGACAGUGUAAGGAAAAGAAUAAAUGAAUCAUGAGAAAUCAUAACACUCAAAAUGGCGUCUUUCAGUUAAAGGGGUCAAACGCAUCCUCUUCUGUUUUGUCUAGAAUAUGCAUGCAAAUUAGCUAGAUUAGCUACCCUGAUUUAUAAAGCUAAAGAAGCUAAAAUAAAAUUGUGUAACUGUUUUUGGGUGAUUUUAACAUUUGAAAGGUUUGGCAAAGCGUUACCCCUAUUUAAGUAGAUAGGAGUUGUACUAGCAUUACCAAAAUGGCCGCCGAGUGAACUGCCUCAGAAGGACUUUGUCUUUACCAAGAAGAACGUAGAUCUAACUAGCGAGUGAUCUUCCUCUGUCCUCUGUUUCUCGCCACUCUUUCCUCUCCGAGGCGCUGGGCAUCUAAGGGGGCGGUUACCGCGGCCUACUUAAAAACAUAGCGUCACAUCUUGCGUUGAUGAUACGUUGACUGCUAGCUAGUUUAAUGACCUUAUUGGUGAUUACAUUAGCAUAUAUCAACCAGGUUGUGUUACGACCAAAUCCAAGAAAGUUUCUCCCUUUUCUCAUUAUCAUGACCUUAGACUCGGAUGUUACCUGUAGCAGCUUAGGCUAAGGUUUAUCCAGUGUAGGACAAUUCAAACUGGCCUUAAUACUUACCUGUAUAUCUAUACCACUGCAUGUCUCAAAUACAACUAUUUAGGACUAUUUGCACAUUAGGGUUGAAACAGGACUUUUAGAAAACUUUAAGUAUGAGUAGAAAAAUCUACUCAGUUUUUUGUUUAAUUUAAAAUCUGCAACAGAAUAUUAGUAACGCAUCUAAGAAUAGCUAGUGUAUAUAUAUCGAAUGAAAUUUCACCAGAUCCUGAAUAUAAUUCUUUAGAACGUUACUUUACUUUGUAUUUAUGGAUCUGUAUUGUUUUUCACAAAUGUUGCUAUGUUUACAAAGUCAGGAUUGCUCUCACUCAGAGAUUGUUGACGUGAGGCGCAUUGAAGUAUGUGUGACGUCAGUUGUUGUACGGUUAUGUGAAGUCGCAUAAAGUUGCAGUACACUCUCAUGUAGCGCUGUAGUUAUUGGUUUGGGUCUUUUGCGAGAAAACUUGCAAUUAAAACAUCUAAAUAAAUGAUUUGUUAAUUUGUUGUGAUGGCCUCUAGAUUUCAGUACAUAUCCAAACAUCGCCAUCCAGCAAGAGAAAUCCUUAUUUUUCUUUACAACUAACCUUAACGCAUUGUUUAUAGAUCGGAUGUGUAUUAAAGUAUGAUUUAACGUAGACUACACAGUUCUUUCCAAACAUGCACAGAGACUUGAGUGAAUGUAUAGUUGCAUGCCUUAACACCUCUUGCCCUCAGCACUAAUGUAUUGUCCUCCAGAGGGACGGUGCUGAAUUGACUGUCCCUCAAUUGAUUGUGUUGCGUUGAUUGUACUGGAUCCGUACACUCCCAGAAUGCACUUUUAGAAACAUCCUCCCUCAUAUUAGAUUGUAAAGACUUGUCUUAUCGACCAAAAUUGAUGCCUAUUCUGAAGAUUGAGUAGUAUUACAUCACAACCAUAGUAUGUUCAUCAUAGGGUUUUUUGUGUAGGCCUGAAAUACUCUGAAAUCCAAACAGGGGAAACAACACCUACUAGUGACUACUUCAUUACACUGACAUUGUAAAUGCUAAAGCCUGAAACAUACUCAAGUGUGAGAGCGCAAAAUGCAUCAGACCUCAAUUACCUUCAAACUGUUGCUCCAUCCUUGACAGUUGUUGACAUGAAAGAGAAAACUUACCAUAGAAGAAGACAGUUUAUGCUAAUGCACAGGUACAGUGCCCCUUGUGGCAAUACUAAGAAUGUAAUGCAAAUUAUGUAGCUAUAAGCAUAUGAGUUCACGUAGUAUGAGUAUGUAGGGUAUGUUUCAGGACUAAAAGAGUCUUUCCAUGUCAGAUUAAAGAAAUCACACAAUUACCUGUUAACAACCCACGUCACGUGUUGAUCUCAGGUCAUUAGACGAGUCAUUGUAUCUCUUGCCUUUCUAACAUAAGAUCAAACUGACAUAGAUUGUAUGUCACAGUCCUGAACAUUGUGUUUACAGCACCGAUCUUGAAGCAAAACCUUGCAUAGGCUGUUUAGAGGGUCAUGGGAAAUGUACAUGUUCUGGGGUGUGGAAGUCAGGGUAAAAGUCCACUUUAACAAAUGCCUUGACCAAUCCUCUCUUUUAGUGUACUGCAUCUUUAUUUGCUAUUAACAUGUCUCACUUUAAUCUAUUGUUCUAUAUUUAAAAAAAACAAAGAAAAUCAGAGCAUGACUGAAAAAAAAUUCUAUGCAAGUGUUGCAUGAGAUCUGAUCGUUUCUUUCUGAUCUACUUUAGUAUUGCAUUGAUUCUUGUUGUAAGUAUUAUUCUAUUUAGUAAGACAAUUCACCCUCUUUUAUACUGAACACAGACAAUUGGGCUGCUGCCGCAAAGUUCAUUUUCUUCGAAAAAGCUCCUUUUCAAUCUCAUGAGCUUCAGUACCUCCACUGUUAUUGUUUUUUGUUAACGCUUAACCAUAACACAUAUUUAGAUUGAUGUAAUAAAGGAAAGUUCCAAGUUCAAGUUCAGCUGUACUGACAGAAUCUGUGACAUGUUGAAAAUUAUAACUCAUCCCUAAGUUUGUAAAAAUGCAUACAGUAAUAGACUUACAAUGGGAGUCUAAGGGGUAAGGCAUUACACCGAAUAAAUGAUAAACAGUUUCCAAAGUAAAGCCACAAGACGUAAACAUGAUGCAUAAACUUUAUACAUAGACUAGUGAAAGAAAAAUUGCUUACUAACUUUGUCUAUGUAAAGUUAUAUUUAAUAUUAAACUCCUGUCAUGAUCAUGUAAAACUUUCACACUCCACUCAGAGGAAUUACCAAAAGUUUUUUAUAUAAGCACUUAAACAAAAAUACAAGCUGCACAUUUCUGCUUUUUUGCCAUAUAGACUUAUUCUAUUGUAAGUCCAUUACUGUACAUGAGAUUUUUGAGAGAUUGGCACAGUCAAUAGAACCUAAUUUGUUUUUUUUUGUUUUUGUUUUUUACCUGGGACAUUCUUUUAAAUAGCAUUUAUCAGGACCAGUAGGAUAUGAAUUCAGCUACUUUUUUUAUAAGGCAAGAACUUGCAUUGUUGUAGUUGGACUGAUAUUAAGACGAUGUGUAUUAUCCACAAUGUAAAAGAGCUUUGGUGGGAUGUGUACUGUAUAAGGUCUACUAUUUUAGGUUUGCAUGUCUUAAUACAUGUAAAUGUACAUGAUACAUUGUUUUUCCCUUAUCUGUUAUGGCAUUGCAUUGUUUUCUAGCGGACCAAUACAGCAUCCAUAACAAAGUAGAUUUUUUUUUCCUUUCUGAGGUAUUAAGAAGCACAAUAUUUCCAAUGGGUAUAAUUUGAGUCCUUUGUCUUCGAUUCUGUAUGCAAUACAAACAUGGAAAGAAAACGCCUUAGAACAUUAACACUUCCUCUUCUGUGUAAGUAGAGAAAAAGAUAUUGCACUAUUUUUUUUUCUUUUUUUUUCUUUUUUGAUGUCUUCUUUGUAAUGCAAUAAAUGCACUAGGUAGAAUAAUAAUUGCAAUGGACACUUAAUUGGUCCUCAGACGUGAUGUAGGCACACACUCUCUCUCUCUCUCUCUCGCCCCUUCAUCUUUCUGACUACAUGAAAAAUAAAAUCCUGCCUGAUGCUGUAUAUGCUUUCUAUUUAAAGAAAAUGGCACUAGUUAUAAUAAAAAAACAAAAAACAUUUUAUGUACUUUUAACACUCCAGUUGUGUCUCAAAUUGUUUGAUCAUUGCUCACAUUUCAUUGCAAGUGUUUUUUGCAUCACUUUAUGCAUCACUGUUGUUUUGUCUUUCAAAGCACAUCUUAGUACACUUUCUUGGUCUUAUUUAGUGCCCAUUAUGCCUAUCAUAAUCUUUCAACAAAAUAUGUCACCUAGCCCUCUCAAUUUUACAUCCCUUCCUAUCCAAAUACCUUGAUAUUAAGGUGUAUUCAGUAAUAAUAAUAAUAAUAUGUUUUAUUUAUUUAGCGCCUUUCAGGAACCCAAGGACGCUUUACAUGAAGUUGCUAUAUAACAUGAAUACAUACAAGUAUACAGUCAGUAUACAACAUGUAAUCAACCACUAGUUCUUUAGCUAGCAUUAGCAUUCACAUUGUGUGCUUUAAGUAGUGAUACCACAGUGUUGUCAGAAGACGCUGCACUGACAUCUAUCAACGUGGAUUAACAUGAUCGUAUCUAAGUUUUAUGUAAAUCACACCGAUACUAGUGAGUUUUAGAGAGCAGUACUCUGGGUUCGGGCCAAAUUCUGAGCUCAGAGCCCUCCUCUCGGACAGCAUGCCAAAUAUGCAUAACCUUUACUCUCUUGCCUUGAAUUAUAAAAUAUAAAAUUGUACUGUAUUGUUAAAAAGUGCAUAUUUACAAAAGGGGACCAUUUGAGCCAAUAAAACAAGCAUAUUGUGUUCUUUACUCCCACCCACAUUAACUUUGGGCCAAUAGAAACUGUGAUAUGAUUGAGAGUUUGAGAUAUAUUAUAACAAUCUGUGAUGAACCACUCAUUUCACUCAUGAAAAAACCUCUUCAAUCAGAAUGCAAUGAACCGUUCCUGCUGCUAAAUGAUGUUUUAUUAACAAAGUUCGGGAGGAAUAUGUUCAAAUGAUCUAACUGAUCAUCACAUCAUUCCAACCAGCAGUCAGCAAUCAGCAAUCAAUAUGUCGACCCAAUCAGCAUGAGUGGAGACAUAUAUAUAUAUAUAUAUAUAUAUAUAUAUAUAUAUAUAUAUAUAUAUACACACACACAGUCGACUAUGUUGUGACAAAGUGACCUAUAUUUCUCAACAGUUUUCAGCAUACCUCCACCACCCCGUCUCCUCAAUCAGAAAUACAGGGGAAAUACUCUGGGUUUGGGCCAAAAUACCGAGCUCAAAGACCUUCUCCUCGGACAGGACGCCAAAUACACAUACUUUUUUACUCUAUCUGAUUAUUUGUAAGUGUCAACUCGUGAACUGGCGAGCAUGAAGAAAUAUUUGAAUUCCACAAGUGAAGCUAAGACCUAUCUAACUUGAGAAAAUACAGUGACAAUUAUAUUUGCUUGGUUUUAUUGAGAACAGCGAAGGGAGACCAAAAUGCUCCUUUUGUCUUCAGGUGCUAGCAAACCAAGCCAAGAAACCUGCCAAGUUAAAGUGCCAUUUGAUUACAAAGCACCCAGGAUAUAAGGGCAAAACAAAAGUUUUUUUUUUUUUCCUUUGAAAGAGCAAGGAAUGCAUCCACCGGAAAACAUGGAUGGUGAACCUGGCCACAGCUUCAGAGAAAGCACAGAAGGCUUCUUUUAUGACAGCUCAACGGAUUGCUAAAAGUAAGAAACACACACAAUAGCAAAGGAACUCUAGCGACCGCUGAAAUGUGUGUAGUUAUGCUUGGCACAGAGGCAAUUAAUAAGCUGAAAUCUGUACGUCUUUCAAAUGACACCAUGAGGAGGAGAAUUGAAGAACUCUUUUUGACAUUCAGUCAGCUACUGGAUAGAUUGUAUUCCUGUGAGGAAUUUUCACGCCAGGCUCCCCCACCACACAUACACAGCCCUCUCACUCCCCAGAGUACUAAUCACAUGCACCUGUCCCUCAUCCUCAUCGUAAUCCCAGUCCCUAUAGGAGCACACACCACCAUUCAGUAUCUGGCCUCCAUUGGAAACUCUCUUACCUGUAAGGCUUACCUGUUAUGUUUUCUUGUGGUACUUACUAGUCUCCAGCAAUCUCCUAGUCCAGUCCCUGUGUUCUCCUGUAUCUCCUCUGAUCCUCUGUGUGUGCUCCUUUGUUACAUGGAGAAAGACAUCCAGUCUAUUAUCAUCAUUGCAAUCUGCCAAUCUACCAUAUGUUUCUCAUUCUCACCUGUUGUCAUUGUGUUGUGUUCAAUAAAUACCUACACUUGGGUUCACCAUCAUCUCUCUGAGUCUGAUAAUACCUGACAUUUCUAUUCAGUUGGAUGAAUCAACAGACAUCGCCAGUGUGGCCCGGUUCACUAUCCUUGGGGAGAGAAGAUUUUCUGGGAGGACUUUCUGUUCUGCAAGGAGAUGCCUGGCAGGACAACGAGUGAGGAAUAUUAAGACUCCUGGAUGUUUUCGUGACUGAGGCUGGGAAAAAUGAAUGGAUGGUGCAGUGGCAAGGACAUUUUGUGGAGUCAAGAGCAAUGCAGUCACAUAUGCUUAGACAACUUUGUAGGGAAAUGAACACUGGGCGUGACACACUGCUAUACCACACAGAAGUGUGAUGGUUCUCUCAUGGGAAAGUUUUGCAACGUGUGUUUGAGCUACGCAGUUAGAUGUCAGAAUUUAUGAGAAUGUACAAACCAAACUGGCAUAUCUUACUGCUAUAUUCAGCUUGCUCAACAGUCCAAACCUUUCUAUCCAAGGAGGCUAUGCAUCUAUCAGCAACCAGUGUUGGGCAAGUAUCUAAUCAGCAACAAAAUCACUGCCUUCAUGAAGAAAACAGCAAUGUUCCCCCAUCUUACUGAGUUUUUCCACACAAACAACUUGUCUUUGGCCAAGGUAGUUACCUCUCACCUCACUUGUGAACUCAAAUGCCUGGGAAUGGGUGUGGGAUCCUUUUGCCCCAGCUGCAACAAGUGGCCUUACUGAUAAGGCAGCUGUUGGACUAAUUCUGUAAAGGUCUGAUUUCAGCAGGGGCCUCAUGCACACUUUUGGCCCUCCCUCUCACGAGUAUCCUGAACUCACUGCCAAGGCCAUGAGAAUAUUGUCCCCAUUUCCAUCCACUUACCUAUCGUUCUUCACUUUGGCUGCAAAGAAGACUAAGUACAAGGCUCGUCUGAAUGUGGAGAAUGAUUUUAGAGUCUGUCUGUUAUUAAGAAUAAACUAAAUGUGUUGUGAA